AUGUCUCGCUCGUGCUGUCAACAUAUGUGCCCUGCUGCCCCGGCCGCGCCGGAGGGUACGAAUGUGACCGACUACGGCCAGUUCGCCUCCGGCCAGAGGAACGCCACCUACAGCUGCGAGAACGGCACCGAGGCGGUGGUCUUCUGCCAGAACGGCUCCUGGACCGCCGGAGCGACGCCCUGUCAGCCAGGCUACCCGGUGGCUCCUCCGGCCGCUCCGCCGGGGGUGUUCGUCACCGACUCGGGGCCCGUGACCGAUGAGAACGGCACCGUCACCUACACCCUCACCUACGACUGCGGGAUCGGCGUCACAGAGCUGGUCUGGAAGGAUGGAGAGUGGACGCCCGAGAACGCAGUGCCCUGCGCUGAUCUCAGCAACGCGUGUCCUAGCCUGAACGCCAGCGCCGACGGAGUGCCGUACACGGACACGGGGCCGUACGCAGAGGGAGUCCGUAACGCCACCUACAGCUGCGGCGGCGCGGGCCUGGCGGACACCUUCCUCUGUCUGAACGGCACGUGGAGCCCGGAGGGCCUGGCUCCCUGCGAUGGUAAGUCGUUUCCGAGCGGGCCAGACGGGAGGGGUGAUAGGUAGGAGAGAGUUUCAAUAAGGAGCGCUUGAGGAUGGCAUUUACUAGAUUCAAGUUAGAAUGGCCGAGGAAAACCUUGCGGAACUCAUUGAAGUAUUUUCAAAUAAUCGUAUUUGACCUUGUUUUGAUGGUAAUGAACGCCAGAGAGGGUACAAAAGUAGGCGUUUAAAUCAAGGCUGCCAACUUACGAAAUGUAGGUAUUAGUUAAUGAUCAUGCUUGCUUUUUUGUAUAUGUUUUAAGUAAACAGAGUUACGUUCAAUGAAUAGCGCAGCCUUACCACCCUGAACCCUCAGUCAUGUUUGAGUAAUAGUUUUUCAACUGUACGAUGUCUCACGUUUCUCCUCUCCUAAGAAUGGAUGUGAAGGAUGGUGCGCGAAUGGUGUGUGAAUGAGCGUUGAACGUGGAUGAGUGUCGAUGAGUAGAGUUUGUGCGAUGGUAAU